GUUGGGUCUGCGGGAGGCGUGUCGUACUUCAGGGCGGCUGGGCGGGGUGCUGCUGCUGGUGGAGCCGGCGGUCAGCGAUGUGGCUCUGGUGGAGCAGCUGCUGGAGGAGGUGUGGAGCGGCCCCGCAGCGGUGCUGCUCAACCCGCAGUGGGGGCAGCUGCAGGGAGGGGCGGGGGGGCAGGGGCAGUCGGCCCCCCCGCAGCUGCCCCCCGAGUACCAGCGGCUGGCGGAGUCGGUGGAGGUGCGGUACAGCCUGCUGCUGUGCGCCAUACAGGGUCUGCUAGGCCGCAAGGAGGGUGCCGUACUGCUGACCUCCGCGGACCCCCCCGGCCCCUCUGCAGCUCCCCGGGGGGCGCCCUGGCGCAUCCUGCUGCGGCAGGGGGAGGAGUUCGUGCAGGUUGGCGCCAUGCCCCGGCGGCCCAGCAGCGGCGACCUGGAGCUGGCCUUCCUGAACGCCUCCGCAGCCGCCAGCCCCCUCACCAAGACUGCCAAGUUCCUGCGAGGACUGCUGCCGGGAAAGAAGUAGUGGCGGCGACGAGGAUGAUGGGGAUGGGGAAGGGGAUGGUGGCGGUGAUGAUGUUGGGUCCUGCGUGCGUGUUGAUGCCCGCUAGCGCCAUGGCGUGUGAGCGGGAAGGACGUUGGUACCCGGGGGGGGGGGGUCAAAGACCAUACCGAACCCCCCGGGGGGGAGAGAGGAGUGAGAGCGUGUGCGGCGGGGCGUGGCAGCUGAAGCAUUUUCACCUAGCUACGAUGUCAGAAGAAGAGGUUUUGGGGGUUUCACCGGGUAGGGUGAGGCGCGCCGGGGUGCGGCGAGUAUUACCGUAUUCGGAUGUCAGCAUGUAACUCACAGGGCG